UUACUGUCUGUCACAGAGGGCUUAUUUUUUACGUUUAUUUUAAGAAGAUAAUUUUUUUCCUGUCAUUGGCAAUAUCAUUUUCGACUGUAUCGAACGCAACACAUCCUCCGCUAAGCUAGUGGGCUGCACAAAUAAAAUAAAAAACCACAGCGAUCCCAGAGAAAAGACUAUCUUGCUAAACUCCUCAACCAGGGUUUGUCUCUUGGUCGCAGAAAAUGCUGCAUCCUCAGAGGUCCCUGUCCGAGCUGCCGAAGAUGUCCGCGGCCAGUCAGGUGGAAAGAGCCGUGCUGGAGGAGGAGUUUAACUGGCUGCUGAAAGAAGAAGUACAUGCUGUCCUGAAGCAGCUUCAGGAGAUCCUCAAGGAGGCGUCCAGACGUUUCUCCAUGCCCACUCCGGGCCUGGAGAGUCAGCAGAAGCAGGAGAACUUCAUCCUGGGCAGCUCAACCAUGGAUCAGGUGAAGGGGGUGCUGACUCUGCAGGGAGAGGCUCUGACUCAGGCGGACAUAAACCUGAAGGUUGCCAAGAGCAGCCAAGUCCUGCACUUUCAGUUCAGAGAGGACAAACAGUGGAAGCUGCAGCAGAUCCAGGACGCCAGGAACCACGUGAACCAGGCUCUGCUGCUUCUGAGCAGCCGCGACGACACCUACCAGUUCAAGACGGGUGCCGAGGUCAACAAGCUCAUGGACGCCGUGAUGCUGCAGCUGACGCGAGCUCGAAACCGCCUCACCACUCCAGCAUCGUUGACUCUUCCAGAACUCGCCACCAGCGGUCUGAUGAAAAUGUUCACUCCCCCUAUGCCUGGCGACGUGAUGGUGAACUUUUACAUCAAUUUAAGCAAGCUGUGUCUGACCGUCUACCAGCUACAUGUGCUCCCUCCCAACACCACCAAGAACUUCAAGCCAACAGGAAGCUCUGUGUUGCACAACCCAGGAGCGAUGUUUGAGCUCAACAACAACCGCUUCGAGGUGAGCCACGUUCACAAGGUGGAGUGUGUGGUGCCGUGGCUCAGCGACACGCUGGUGUUCUUCACCAUCUCCCUGCAGCUCUGUCAGCAACUCAAGGACAAGAUCUCCGUCUUCUCCAGCUUCUGGAACUACAGGCCGUUCUGAUCCAGCCCGUCCUCCACAAACCAAACUAACCAAUCAAGUCUAAGGGAAACGCUGGAAAGCUCUUAUUUUUCUAUGUAUUUAUCAUGCAGUCUGUCAAAGUGUUGCUCCACGAGCUGAAAGCAGCCACACACCACCAGAUACCAAUAUUAUAGACCGUAAUGGAGUUAGGCCAGCUGACCUUUAUUUCUCUCAUACGUGUGUGUGGGUGUGUAUGGCAACUCAUGAUACAAACUUGAAUCUUUCAAUGAAUGAAUGUGAUUAUUAUUUAAAUUAUUUCAUCAUGUAGAACUCUAAUGUUUGCCAUCGGGAUGGAAGGACUGAGCAUCAAAGUGUUUUCAGGUUCAUCCUGAAAACCCCAAAUUUCCUUUGAUUUCUUUAAAUUUAGCUAGUUUCUGUUUUCCUCCCUCCAACACCUCAGUUGUUCUCUGGGAUUUACUCAGCUGACUGCUAGGCUCCUUCUAAUGUCUACAAGUUACAGAAACACUGAAAUCUGGUGACCCUGAGCCUGUUGUUGUUGUUGUUGUUGUUGUUAUUAUUAUUAGCUUGCUAAGGCCAGACCAGUGACUAACCAGUUGAAAUGUUUUCCAGUCAGUGAACAGGGCCCAUUUAAACGGAUAGUUUAUAUGUUUUUUUUGUGUCAGUCAUAUCAGCGUCCUUAGAGCGAGGGUGUCCAAACUUUAUGGUAAAAAAAAAAACACACACACACAAUUAAAUCAAGCUAAUAAAAUUGUCUGAUUUUAUUAUGCAUUUAUUUUGAUAGGAAAGAGAUGUUAUUCAUUGUAGAUCAAAAACUUAAAAGAGUUUUUAUGUUUGCUGAGUUAAAAGAAAAAGCAAUUAGUGUUUAAAUUUGUUCAGGCUCAAUUGAACAGACUUAUCCUCCGGAUUUCAGUCCAUUUCUCUCAAAACACUAGCUAUAUGUAGCCAAGAUUAAUAAAUUAGAU